UUGGGAAGGAGCAGGGCGGGGGCGGGGCGAGGGGCGGUUCCCGGGCCGAGGCCGCUGGUUAGUACUGACUUGGCUUCCGACGCAGUGUACUUCUUUUGGCAGUUGUCUCAGUGCAUUCUUCCUGGGACCAGUCCACAGUUUUGUGUGUGAGUGAGAUGGAGGCUGAUCUGUCUGGCUUUAACAUCGAUGAACCCCGUUGGGACCAAUGCACUUUCCUGGGACGGGUGAAACACUUCUUCAAUAUCACAGACCCACGCACUGUCCUGGUACCAGAGCGGGAGUUGGACUGGGCCAAGGUGAUGGUGGAGAAGAGCAGAAUGGGGGUCGUGCCCCCAGGCACUCAAGUGGAGCAGCUGCUGUACGCCAAGAAGUUGUACGACUCAGCCUUCCACCCUGACACCGGGGAGAAGAUGAACGUCAUUGGCCGGAUGUCCUUCCAGGUCCCUGGUGGCAUGAUUAUCACGGGCUUCAUGCUUCAGUUCUACAGGACGAUGCCGGCGGUGAUCUUCUGGCAGUGGGUGAACCAGUCCUUCAAUGCCUUAGUCAACUAUACCAACAGGAAUGCAGCUUCCCCCACGUCCCUCAGGCAGAUGGCCCUUUCCUACAUCACAGCCACAACCACGGCGGUGGCCACCGCUGUGGGCAUGAACAUGUUGACCAAGAGAGCUCCACCCCUGGUGGGCCGCUGGGUGCCCUUUGCCGCUGUGGCUGCUGCUAACUGUGUCAACAUCCCAAUGAUGCGACAGCAGGAACUCAUCCAGGGGAUCUGCGUGAAGGACAGGAAUCACAAUGAGAUUGGUCAUUCCCGGAGAGCUGCAGCCAUCGGCAUCACCCAAGUGGUUGUUUCUCGGAUCACCAUGGCUGCCCCUGGCAUGAUCUUGCUGCCAAUCAUCAUGGAAAGGCUGGAAAAGCUGCAUUUCAUGAAGAAAGUCAAGGUCCUGCACGCCCCAUUGCAAGUUUUGCUGUCUGGCUGCUUCCUCAUCUUCAUGGUGCCAGUGGCUUGUGGGCUCUUCCCACAGAAAUGUGAAUUGUCAGUUUCUUAUCUGGAACCAGAACUCCAAGACACCAUCAAGGCCAAGUAUGGAGAACUUGUACCUUACGUCUACUUCAAUAAGGGCCUCUAAAUGGCCCAUCCCAGCAAGGAUCAGUCUGUACUGAUAUUCACCAGUCCUUCCUUAGCUGCCUUGUACACCUGUGCCCUCAUUGCUCUGCCAACAGG